UUAGGUAAGCGUUGUAAGGCUUGACCCCCGUUUGAACUCGAUAUCGCGCGCAAAGCAACCUGGUCGCGUUUCAUGGCCUGGCGUUCACUUGACACAUUCGACACACUCCGAGCAGGGCCAUCGCAGAGACAGGACAGUGCAUCGUGACGAAACACUGAUUCAACAUGGAUUCCUCAUCUUCCCCAGUUCAACUGAUGUCAACAUUUUUGAAGUCAACAGAAAUGCAGGUUGGCAUGGUAACCUUUAUGGCGUCAUUGCUAGCAAUGAAAGUGGUGAAACAGUUUACCUCUGACCUGAAACCCCCUCCUCCUGGUCCCUGGGGGUUCCCUAUUAUUGGACACCUCCCGCUACUGGGAAACGAACCCUACGUGACCUUCAUGAAGAUGAAGGAAAGGUUCGGAAACAUCUUCCAGAUCCAGUUGGGUAGUUGGUCGGCCGUGGUUAUAAAUGGCAAGCAGGCCAUUAAGGAAGCUCUACAUAAGUCUUGCGAGGACUUCUCAGGUAGACCCCAGUUCUUGUCAGCACAGAUUAUCAGCAACGGUGAAAGUAUUGGCUUUGGUGAGUAUGGCGAACACUGGAAAAUUCAUAGGAAAAUUGGCAUGAAAGUCCUGACCGAGUUCUCGAAUGCCAAGUCAAAUCCUAUAGAAGAUAUGAUUCACGAAGAAGUAGACAUUCUCGUGGAUGACUUCAUGUCUGAGCAGGGAGCUACAUUCAACCCUCGGGAAUACAUCUACCACUCCGUUGGAAGCGUCAUCUACCAACUGUGCUACGGCAGACAAGAAAACAUCCGGGAAGACAAGGAUUUCGCUGAUUUCAUAUUAAACUCGGCUGCAUUCGCGGAAUUCGUCGGUGCCGGAAACCCUGUUGAUGUCAUGCCCUGGCUCCGCUAUCUCAUGCCCUGGAAAGUGAAGGCAUUUACAACACUCAUCCAAACAAGUAUUGACGCAAGUGAAAAGAAGAUCAUUGAACACAAAACAAACUUCUCUAGUGAUAACAUGCGUGACAUCACGGACAGAUUGAUAUCUGUAAGUGAGGAAGACUCUAAGCUGUCCAAGGAAAGGGUUUUGUCUACGCUUAACGACCUCUUUGGGGCAGGUUUUGAGACAAUUGCUUCAACCACCAGGUGGAUGUUACUGCUGAUGGCCGCCAAUCCAAAAGUGCAGAGGCGGGUGCAGGAAGAAUUGGACGACGUUGUGGGCAGCGGGAGACGACCCAGUAUCUUGGAUAGAGGUCAGCUGGUUUACACCGCCGCAGUGCUUCAUGAGAUCAACCGGUUUGUGGCACUGGCACCUCUCAGUCUCCCUCACCUCACUACCACCGAUACCAAUCUCGGGGGAUACAGUAUCAACAAAAACACUGUUAUCUUCAUCAACCUGUACUCCAUGAGCCAUGACCCAGAAGUAUGGGGUGAUCCGCAUGUCUUCCGACCCGAGCGUUUCCUUGACGCUUCCGGUCAGAUCAACAAAUCCCUCCUGGAGGAGUUCCUUCCCUUCUCCACUGGUCGGCGGAAGUGUCUUGGGGAGUCUCUGGCCAGGAACGAAAUGUUUCUUUUGUUCACUGGAAUCCUACAGAAGUGCAGCAUCUUGCAACCACCAGAAGUGAAGGAAUAUAGCAUGGACGCCAACAAUGGAUUAACACGGCAACCUCUGCCCUACGAAGUACAGGUCAAGCUCAGGACCUGACUCGCCACUGACCCAGCGUUCUUCUCAUGGACAACAACCUGACAAAAUUCAUGAACUGGGCAAUGAACUGACCCAUGGGGUCCAAUAAUAAUCUGCUGUAUGAAGAGGGGCACAGGGCACAAACCUUAAAACCAUAAAGAAAUUUUGAAUGGUGGAAACUAGAUUUUUAUAGUCAGUUAACUCACUUGCCUCGGGAAGAUGACUCCAACCAGGAAUCCACAGGAGUCGAGGUAUACACAAGGAACUGCAAAAGAGUACAGCUACUCUGAAGACAUGGAAUCAGUUUGAAAUCUGCUCUUAGUCAUAUAUGCAGGAGUUGUCUCUUUUCAAUACCAUGAUGUUGCGGUUCUACAUGCACAGCUACACCCACAAUGCGUCGGCUUAACAGAUAUACAUGUAUAUUUGAACUGUUGCUGAAAUUCUUACCAAUUAUAUUUGUCCUUGGAGACAAAAAGUGGUUGGUGUCAACAUCAAUCAAAGAACCGAAAUACUCAUAUUGAUUGUAAUCGAGAAAUACUUGUGUUUUAUGUGACAAAUGAUUAUAUAUAAAUU